AUGACCCUGGCCUUGACCCUGACCACAGAAGAGCCACUGGGAGCCAGUAAUAGGCAGGACUCAGGGACUGGGAACAGGAGGGUUGAAUCUUCAGAGGAAGGAGGGAGUGGUGAAGCACCUCCUGCUUCUGUCUUCUUUGAAAUUCCAGACGAGGGUGCUGAGCAGGCAGAGAAGUGGAACUCGGAGUCUGACACAGAUCUGUGCAGACCUGACCGGCACAGGGCAAGGCACACACGGCUCAGCCACAACGAGAGCCAAUCAGAAAAGAAUGUCAAGGAGACCAAGUCUAAAUGUAAACGAAUUGCUCGGCUCCUAACUGAUGCACCCAAUCCUCAAAAUAAGGGAGCCUUGCUGUUUAAAAAACGGCGCCAGAGGGUGAAGAAGUAUACACUUGUGAGUUACGGGACUGGUGAUAAGCUUGACAGCGAAGACCAAAUAGAGGAGGAAACUGAAGAAGUCAGAUCAGCUGGGUAUAACUUUGUGGCAACAAGUGAUUCUGAGUUAGAGGAAGAGUAUUCUGUUUAUCACCAGCAGCAUAAUUUAAGUCUGAAUUGGGGAAGUGUUCGAGAAAUGGAAGCACUACCAGAGACAAAAGGGAAGGGAGUUUUGAUGUUUGCCCAACGCCGCAAACGGAUGGAUGAAAUUGUGUCAGAGCAAGAAGAACUGAGGAGUAAAGGAUUACCUGCGGAGGAAUUAACAGAACCUGAAUGUACAGAAGCACCAAAUAUUUAUGACACUAAGCAAAUGUACAUGCAUGCUGAUCAGGCCAACUACAUGGAUGCGAGUCACAGGCAGCAUGUAGAUUACCAAGAAAAUAUUCAACAGAUGAACCACCUAGCUGAUGUGCCAAAACCAUUGGUGCCAAACAGAACUGCGAAGCCCUUCCUAGGAUUUCAAGAUGGCACGACUGCUCAUGUCAUGCCUGGUGGCGUUGUUCCAGUGACAAAGAGGAACGAACCGAGAUUCAUAGUACCUGUGCCUAUUAACACGAACCCACAGGUCUGGUCCCCAACUGGAGACAUCAUAGCCUCAAGAGAUGAGCGAAUAUCUGUGCCAGCGAUCAAGACCGGCAUCCUACCAGAGUCAAAAAGAAAAGCUCCUAUUAAACAGCUGGCGCAAGAAUCAAAUCCUCACCUUCAAAGCAAAGGGGACAGGAGAUCUUAUAUUGAGUCAGAAGAAGACUGUUUUAGUCUUGGUGCAGAAGCUUGUAACUUUAUGCAACCAAGAACAAUAAAACUCAAGAAUCCACCUCCAGUUGCCCCAAAACCUACCAUCAAUCCAUCCUGCCCACCUUGGAUGGGGAGGAGUCCCUCUGGUGAACCAUAUAUUCCACCAAGAAGUCCGGUUUCACAACCUUCUCACAGUUCCGCAGGGCCUCAUAGUCAGCAUUACUUACAACAGCAAGAUUGGGCUCAGCCUCAGCAGAUGGCCAACCAGUGGGCACCAGAUCAAACCCGAGCACCACUUCAAACACCUGUCAAUGCCUGGGCUCCGGUCAACUCCUCUUCUCAGCUUCAUCUUCAGCCAACCACAAAUAGCUGGAAUCAACAGCCGCCACGAUCCCCUGUGAGUAUGCAGGCCCACAGUCCUACUUACAGCCCACAUCACCCACCUUCACCCUCAAGGAAUAAGUCAGGCAGUGUUCCCAACUCAGUCGCCUCUUGCCCACCACAAGCAGGGAAGUCAUACAUCCACGCAUCAAAAGCAUCGCAGGCUUCUCCAAAGGGUCGAGUCUCAGACAGAGGUAUUAAUCGGGCUGGUGAUGGUUCAACUAUGGCGGGAAGAGGUGCGGAGUUGUUUGCCAAGAGACAGUCCCGUAUGGAGAAGUUUGUUAUCGAUGCUGAAUCAGUGCAAGCUAACAAAACCAGAUCUCCCUCCCCAACUGCGUCCCUCCCUAACUACUGGAGGUAUUCUUCCAUUGUUCGUGCCCCCCCGCCUUUAUCAUACAAUCCCCUUCUUGCUCCUUUCUACCCUCCAUCAGCAGCCAAGCAGCCCCCUUCGACAAGCCCCAAAAUCAAGCCCAAGACCAAAGAAAAACCUAAAGCACCCCCAAAGCACCUAAAUGCCUUAGAUAUUAUGAAACAUCAGCCUUAUCAGUUGGACUCGUCACUGUUCAAGUAUGAUGCAGUCCCUGAGGCCAAAAGCCCCAGCCCCAAACCAACUCCAGUGUCAAAGUUUGAGGUUACUAAAAACCUUAAACAGAGAUCUGCCUCCUCUCAUUCUCCUUACAAUGCCUCUGAGCUUGCUGUUCAGGGCAAGGCAGAAGCCCCUGCUAAGUCUCCUGGAAUGGGAUUUGGUCGAAGCCGCUCCCUGAGUCUGCCAAAGCGGCUGAAUUCGAUGCCUUCAACCGGACUUCUGUCACCUAUGAGCACCCCUGGAACCCAGGCAUCCUUUUUACCAGCACAGAGGCAAACAUCCAUUCAAGAGAACAUCUACAAGCCACUGUCACCAUGGGAGGCGGCAUCUAGAAGCCCCAUUGGUUCAGUGGAUGACGCGUUUGUGUUUCAGAGCCUCCCGUCAUCUGUUGCCUCUAAUGUCAAAGCUGCAGGGCAACGCAGAUCUCUGCCGGAGCCACCAGACGAAUGGAAGCGCAGGGUGUCUCUUGAUCCUGCAGCUCUCAGUAAGAGUCGUUAUCAUGCAGCCCCUGCUUUCCAGGCACCAUCUCUGAGCAGGACAUUUUCACCUGAGAAACCAGCCUUCUACGGGCCUCCUUUCAGACCUGCACAGCCCCUUAGGCCUGGCAGUAGAUCCAGUAUUGGAUACAUGGGACAAGGCCCCAGUCCAACAAAGUGCCCUCCCCUCUAUUCUGCAGUCCAGAGGAGUUAA